AUGGUAGAUGAAGGCAACGCUACCAUGUCAGAGGCACAGCGAGUGCUAUCUAUUGCUACUACCAUAGCACCUUUGAACAUAAGAGCGUCAAAUCUGGCGGCGGAAUGGAAGGCUUGGAGUACGCAGUUCAAAAUAUUUCUGCGUGCAUCUGCUUUAGAUAAUCAAACCGAGCAAAGAAAAGUUGCACUUCUCUUGCACCAUCUGGGUGCAGAAUGUCUAAACAUUUUCACUUCGUUUAAUGUCGAUAUAGACAGCGUCCAAUAUGACGACUUAUGGAGCAAAAUGGAAAUGUAUUUCACUCCAAAAGUCAAUAUAGUAAUAGAGCGCCACAGGUUUUUUACAAAACGUCAAUCCUCGGAAGAGACAAUAAGUCAGUACGCUGCCGCAUUGCAAAAUCUUAGCAAAACUUGUGAAUUCGGGGAUAUACGUGAAGAUCUGGUAAGGGACAUUUUUAUAUGCGGUUUAUCACAAAAAUACAAUAAAAUAAAGGAGAGGCUCUUAAGCGAAGGCAACAUAAAAUUGCAUAAAGCGAUUGAAAUAGCUAAUAGCAUGGAACUAGCAAAAGAAAAUGCAGCCAUGAUACAACGUGAGCCAACCGAAAGCAUACAGGUAGCAGCUUUGAGAAAAUCUGCAUUGAACUACAAGGAGAAGAGUGCUAGACAGGCUCAGCAGCAAACAUCAAGAACGUGUGAUAAAUGUGGGCAAGUACAUAAAACCAAAUGUCCGGCAGAAGGUAAAAAAUGCUACACGUGCGGAAAAUUGAACCAUUUUGCAAAUGUCUGCUUCACAAAAUGGCGUAAAGGAAACAUGGGGAAUAACGGGCAAAAGAGAUAUGUGAGAAACGUAUACGAAGAGAGCGAGACAAGUGCAGAAGAGGAAGAAAAUGAAGAUCACGAGUCGCAAUUUUUUCGUGGGCGGAAUACAUGUUGA